AUGGGGGGCGCAGAAAAUGGGGAGGUGGUGUACUGCGACGCGUUUAUGCGCGCCGCCUUUGUGGAGGCGCGGGCGGCCCUCGCGGAGGGCGAGGUCCCGGUGGGCUGCGUGCUCGUGCCCGCGGAAGCCUCCUGUGCGGCCAACGCGGGGCGCCUAGGCGACGAGCAGGGCGAGGCUUCCCUGGGACGCCUCAUCGCGGCACGCGGGCGCAAUGCCACCAACAAGGCGCGCCACGCCCUCGCCCACGCGGAGUUCGUGGCGGUGGAGGCACUCUUGCGUGACGCGGCCGCAAAGAGGCAGAAGCCGCCCGCAACCCUCGCUGGGUACGUCCUGUACGUUGUGGUGGAGCCGUGUAUCAUGUGUGCCGCCAUGCUGCUCUACAACCGCAUCGGGCGGGUGUACUUUGGAUGCGCCAACCCUCGCUUCGGCGGCAACGGCACCGUCCUUGCGGUGCAGGCGGCGGCCUCCACAAGCGCCCCCGCCUACGAGAGCUGCGGCGGCCACCGAGCCGACGAGGCGGUGGCGUUGUUGCAGGAGUUCUACAGCCGUGAAAACAGCGCCGCACCUGCGCACAAGCGACGACGGAAGGAGACGUGA